UAAAAACGUGUCAAUAUUUAACCAGUUUUGACCUACAGAAAGUAAUUCCAUGUGGUUCUACCUAAAAAGGCAAUGUCGUCUCUACAGUUCAAUCUCCCUGUUGUGUAAGAAGCAUCAAAUGAUUCGGGAUUUGAGAUUCAACUUUCAUGUGCUAAGCACCAAGAGACAACUAUGACCAUAUUCCUAAAUAAAGAACUCAGGUCUUCCCUCUCUUACACUGGGGUUAUGUCGCCGAUAAACCCAUCCCCAUAAGCCUUAUGGUAAUAACAUUAGUGUCAUAAAAUUUGGGAAGACAAAUGCAAAUGCAGAGCCAAACACCACACCUUUGCCGUCUUGUAGACUUCAUGCAUUUGUUUUUCCGUUUUCGGGCCACACCUGGCUCUGCUUUCAGGGGUCACUCCCAGGGGAUCCCAAGGGUUUGGGCGCAGGCAAGAGCCCCUACAUGCUGCCCUAUCCCUCGGGCUCCAGUCUUGUUAUCUUGAAUUUCGAAAAACGGUAUUGAGAAGGCCAAGAAGCGGUUGCAAAGCAUCCCUGGGCGUGCUUGGCAGAGGCCGCCAGCCCGCAAAGCAAACACAACUGACGGGGCAAGCCCCAACUCCAGCUGACUUCCUCGCCUCGCGAUUGGUCCCGACGAGGCUCCCGCCGACAGCGACGGUCGGAAGUGACGUCAGCUCUGCGCCGCCAGCGCCGCCGCCGCCGCCGUGCCGUGCCGUGCCGUGCCGUGCCGUGUCGCGCCGCACCGCGCCGCGCCGCGCCGCAGCGGGCUCACGGUGGCCCCUGGUUCGGCCAGCGUCCCCGGCUCUCUCCGGAUGGUUGGAGCACCGCGAUCAUGACGGGAAAGAAGUCUUCUCGGGAGAAGCGGCGCAAAAGAAGCAGCCAAGAGGCGUCCGCCGCGCUCGCGCCCCCGGACCUGGUGCCGACGCUCGCCAGCAGCGGCAGCGGCAGCACGAGCGGCUGCGGGAGCACGAGCGGCUGCGGGAGCGUCAGCUGCUGCGGGAACGCGAGCCUCCCGGGCAGCGUCCCCGGCGCCGGCAGCGGAGGCAGCUGCUGGGGCGGGAGCAGCGGCGCGGAGCGCAGCGAGCGCCGGAAGCGGCGGAGCACUGACUCAUCUUCCAGUGUCUCGGGCUCCCUCCAGCAGGAAACCAAGUAUCUUUUACCAACUUUGGAAAAAGAGUUAUUCUUGGCAGAGCACAGUGACCUUGAAGAAGGUGGACUGGACCUGACUGUGUCAUUAAAGCCAGUUAGUUUCUAUAUUUCUGACAAAAAAGAAAUGCUUCAGCAGUGUUUCUGUAUCAUAGGAGAGAAGAAGCUACAGAAGAUGCUUCCUGAUGUAUUAAAGAACUGUUCAGUAGAAGAAAUUAAGAAAUUAUGCCAGGAACAGUUAGAGCUCCUGUCUGAAAAAAAAAUCUUGAAGAUUCUUGAGGGUGACAAUGGUAUGGACUCUGAUAUGGAAGAGGAGGCCGAUGAUGGCUCUAAGAUGGGAUCUGAUUUAGUCAGUCAACAAGACAGCUGUAUAGAUUCUGCUUCAGCUCUGAGAGAGAACAAGCAACCUGAAGGCUUGGAAUUAAAACAAGGCAAAGAAGAUAGUGAUGUACUCAGUAUCAAUGCAGAUGCUUACGACAGCGACAUCGAAGGCCCUUGUAACGAGGAGGCAGCUGCUCCGGAGGUCCCGGAGAGUACAGUCCAGAGUGAAGCUGGCCCCAUAGAUGACCUGGAGAAGGACAUUGAGAAAAGUGUGAAUGAGAUUCUGGGACUGGCAGAAUCCAACACGAAGGAACCCAAAGCAGCCACCCUGCCCGUCCCUCCGCCCGAAGAUGUUCAGCCUUCCGCACAGCAGCUGGAGCUGCUCGAACUUGAGAUGAGGGCAAGAGCUAUCAAAGCCCUCAUGAAGGCUGGUGACAUUAAAAAAACCGCCUAGUUAUUUAACUUGAAUCCGAACCCUAGGUGUAUUGAACAAAGCCAUGCCAUAUAAUUUUGUAUCUGAAGUUUAUUUUGGGUCUUAUACGAUAUUUCUCUUACAACACCUAUUAGAAAAACAGCCCUGAAAAACACCUUUUUGUUGUUGUUAUUUCACGUUCUGUCUUACUGUUUUAUGAAUUCACGGCAAAUGUCAUUGGAUAACCUGUCUCCUUUGUUAGAUGAGUAUUUAUAAACCUGCAAGUUGAUAUCGGAAAAGCCAUUAGCAAAGAGUCAUAUUUUUUCCUUAGUUUUAAAUGUUUCGGCCCCCAAUCUGAAAGGUUAAGAAAAAUUGACCAAGCAUGUUGUUCUUAAGGCUGUCUAUGGUUUGCAAGGGACUAUUAAAGUAUUGCCUCUAGCUAUGUCAACAAUUAAAAAAAAAAUUAGUUACGUUGUACUCUUGAAAUAUGCACUGUCUUGAAGUUCCUGUCUUUGGGUAUGGAUUUAUGUUCUUUAAAAUAUGGGUAAUAGUUUCUGUUAUAAGACUUAGCUAAAAUCCUUGAUAAAAACUUUUUUUAAUAAAAGAAAAGGAUUUAAUUUAAGGCAGUUUUUAACAAUGUAGAAUCACACAGCUUUAAUUCCAGGAGACAAACCAAUCUAACAAGUAUUUGAUAUUACUGGAUACUGUUCAGGUUUUUCCUUCAAUAAAAAGGGAACACAUUUUCAUUUACAUUCCAAGCUAUCAGGAAAAUGAGAAUAUUUUAUCAUACAGGCUUUCAUCUGGUGUUUUUGCUUGAAGAUUUGAUGUGCUAUAAUUCCAUGAAUUAAAAAUAAUAAAGACUGUCAUCCUGAAGCUGAAGACUUUUGAUACAUUUCCAAAAGCAAAAUUAAUUUCAGGAAGCUUUGAUAAAUUGGUGUUAUAAUUAAUCUAAUUUUGUAUCGUUUUUGUAAAUAAAUUAACAUCCUGCCACAGUCACAAAUGCUUUUUGCCCCAUUACUUAAUUGUUGUUUGAUUGCAAAAUUAAUUUAGAUAGAAAAAUUAAGUUUUUUUCUAAAAUAUAAACUGAAUAAACAGAAAGUGUUAUUUUUAUAUUUGUAUACAGAUAUAGUAUACUUUUUUUUAAGCCAUUCUUUACUAAUUUAUGAGGAUUUUCCUCAUAAUAAAACUUGCAGGAAUUAACUCGCUUAGUUAAUGUGUAAAUUUUAGGGACUUUCUCAUGGUAAUGGGGUAUAUUUAUGAAACACUGGAAUUACAGUUAUAAAUUCAUUAUUUUUGUUGACUAUUAAGUAUUUCUGUCAUUCACACACACACACACACACACACACACGCCUGAAUUUAUAAUGAAGCACAGAGGCCUGUAUCUUUGAAAUUCUCUUAGGCUGGUCAACACCUGAUUUAAAUAGUAAGUUCUCCUUGUUACGAAUUCAAGAUAAAAGUGAUUAUAGCAAAACAAUUCUUACUCCAAAAGUAAACUAAAGUUAAAAUAGCAAGAUAAACCUAUUGCUCCUUCCUAUUUACAAAUGCAGUGAACUUCAUUUGAGUGAUUAAAUAUAUAGGGGUAGUGAAAAGUCUGAGUGCUCUGUAGCUGACUAAAGUCCCUAACUUUAUGGGCAAUGUGCUGGUUGGACACUUGACUGACUAGAGUGGAUGUAUGUCGAGAAAGAUGGACACAUUAGAGCUGUUUAGGGUCUUACUGUGAACAUAAACUUUUCAUUUUAUUUUUUUAACCUUUUUUAACAUUGAAAGACCUGAAAAUGUUUUGAAAGUGAAUAGAUUUAGAGACUAGGAAUAAAUUUGUUUUAGAAUUGCCUAAGUAAUGAGGAAAUACCAUAUAUUGAUCUGAUGCUGUCAUUGAAAUCAUCAGCCCUCAGAUAUUUAUUGACUGACUCAAAAAUGUUUAGUCUUGUUCAGAAUCUCAAACUCAGGGGCAUGGAAUGGUAUAAAUUACAGUGUGAAAGAGACUGCUAUAUAAAAUAUUGGCACAGCUUCUAAAUAAACAAAAUUUCUACUUUUGAGAAAGUAAGAAUGUGAAAAAAAGCAACCUAGUUUUCCAUUCCGUGUUAAAUUCUGGUAUUUGACUAGUACAGACCCAAAUCUUUAUGAUAGAUGGCAAUUGAUAGUAAUGUAUCUCCCACAUUCAGCCUUUGGCCCACUUUUCAAUAUUCCCUCUGGUCCACAGUCAGGCCUGUCCUAAAAACCCGUCACUAGAAUUAACUGAAACCCUCACAUCCUUUUGUUGAAACCAACGUUUUCUUAAAACACUCAGCAUAUCCUCCCUUUAUAAAAUUAUUGCCAAAAUUUUAAUAAAGCAAAAUGUGAAGAUUCCAGGUUAUGAUGAGCUGAAUGAAGAUGUUCUGAACCGUUUAACUAGUAGUACAAAUUGCAAUAAAUUGCAGUUUUUAAUGCCAUUUUCAAGGUAGAUAGAGCAUGAGUGAAUUCCCAAUUUGGGCUGACAAUAGAUGGCAGCCAAAAUGUAAAAUUCUCAAUUGUAUUUCAUCACAAAAGAACUUUUAGUUAUGCUUCUCCUUUGUUAUAUCUAAUUGCUAAAAAAGUAAGAGGGACUGGCGACAUAGUUUUGGGAUCCUGGUUUGUCCCUGACACUGCAUAUGGUCCUCCCUGCCCAAAUAGGAGUGCUCCCUGAGCACAGAGCCAGGAGUAAGUCCUGAGCACCGCCAGGUGUGGUCCCAAAACAAAAGUAGAAGUGUAGGGUAAUUCAAACUGCUAGGUGUUUUAGCAUGUUAUUUUUACCUACAGUAGAUGCCCUCUUUUACCUCCUUAUUUUGGUGCAGGGGAUCAAACCCAGGGCCUCAUGUAUGCUAAGCAAUUGAGCUCUUUCCUUGCGCCACUUCAUUGACCUAAACUCUGUUUAAUUUUGUUUUGUUUGGGGGCCACACCUCAGCGGUACUCAGGGGCUACUGCUGGCUCAAUGCUCGGGUCAUUCCUGGUGGUGCUUAAUGCACUGUAUGGUGCCAAGGAUCAAACCAGGCCUCCCUCAUGCAAAGCGUGCUCUCCAGACUUUGGGGCAAUCUCUGUGGUCCUAGACUUCUUUUUAAAAACAAGAGCCUGCUAAUAAAUAUAUCAACAGGAACUGAAAACGUGUAUUUCUUUGGUCAUUAUUUUUUUGUUUGUUCUUUUGGCCAUCUCCAAGUGGCAAUUAAGUGCUCAGGGAUAACUCAUGACAGUUCUUGGGGAACCAGGUGGUACCAGGGAUCAAACCCACACAUGCCUUCAGUCCACUGAGCUAUCUCACUGUCCCUUGAGUCAUUAUUUUAAAAUGGUUUGUGAGCUAAUGAGACAAGUCAAGAGCAGAGGGUCUAAUUUUACACAAACCAGCUCUGUAACCCUGGGCUCUAAAACCAUAAAACAAGAGAAAUAAAUUGCUGACCACUAUAUAAAAUGUCUUUCUGUUAUGGUUCUCUAUGAUUACAGUAUCAAAUCCCCUAAAACUUGAAAAUUUAUGGAAGUGCUUUGAGUUCAAGUAUUUGUUUUCUCCCUUUCUCACCUUUCAAAACAAAACAAUCUUCAGUUUGGUUUGGUUUUGUUGGUUGGGUGGGGACGGGGCGCGCCCCGGCUCUGCUCGGAGCUUUCCCUGGCUCUGCACGCAGGGAUCACGGCUUCUGAGACUCAGGAAGAACUCCAAGAGGAGCGUGGGAUCGAAUCUGGGUAGGCCGUGUUCAAGUCAAGUGCCCUACCUGAUGUACGAUCUCUCUCAGUAUGUAUGAUCUCUCUUCAUCCCUUAAUAUUGCUGGGUAUAAACAAUCCAGUUUUGUUUUAUUUUUUCCUUUCCCCGUCUCAGUUUUUAUUGUCAGGACAGUUUGGUAAAUACACUGUUUAGAAUUAGUGCUUUAUGAGAUGUUGUUUCCUUUUUGACUUUUUUGUUCUAAAGUUUUGAUAUUAAAGUAAUUACUUUAUACUUAGGUUUUAUGUGGUAAAUUUAUGUUCUAACAAAUGCCUUC